CGAUCACCAGCCGCCAUGGAGGAUCGGAGAAUCACGCGCUUUGUCAAGUUCCACGGGCAUUUGUUCCUCGCGGUGGCUCUUACGUUGGUGAUCCGCGAGCUGUGGAUGGUCACCCUGUUGACGUUCGACUUUACCGUGCAGGAGUGGAGUUCCGGGCUAGAUUUUGCAUUCCGAGGACAUCCGGUGGUGCGGUGGAUCUUCGUUCUGGUCUGGUUGACCGUGCUGGCCUUCAUGUACGGUGGCAUGAAGUGGGAGGACGGAACUUAUCUGCAACCCGCCAAGUACAUGUUCCUGGUGGAGGUGGUCGGACUGCUGGUGCGGGAUCUGCUCGUUACGAUCAACGGUGAUCCGGAGGGCAGGCUCGUCUACGAUUUGAGCUAUCUGUUCUACCUAACUGCGUUUGUGGUGUACGUGCUGUACAGCUUCUACGCGCUGAGGACGUUGUUUGGAUGCGAUCGAAGCCAGAAUUUGGGACUCAAAGCGAUCGAUUCUCGGCUGGCAAUUGUCAACAUGAGGAGAGUGUGAGGAGCCUGGAGACUGCGAGAUGUACUGUUUACGUACAGCCAGUGACUGUUUUUGUUAUCGCUUUAUGUGUAGAUCUUCAUUAAUCUUAUAUAGUAAAUAAAAACAAAAUCAUUCGAUUA